AUGAGAAGUCACCCAGUGAUAAAUAUUUUACUUAACAAAUACAAAAAUUUGUAUAAUAAGCUGUCGAAGAAUAGUCAUAUAAUUUUAUUGCCAGAAGUUAAAACGUUGAUGAACGUACAAAUCGAUUUGGACUUUAUAAAAAAGCAUAUAUUUUGUAAGAGUCAUUUAAAAGAUAUAUAUAUAAACUUGUUUGAUCAAUGCAUUGAAAGUGAUACAAAAUUUGUUUAUACUAGUUAUGGUUUUGAAGAGAAUAGAAUAUGUGAGAUUAUAAAAAUAGAAACAAAUUCGAAUUAUAAUUUUUUGAAAAUAAUUUUUAUUAAUAUACCUGUGGAAGGGGAAUGGGGAGUGCAAUGGGAAGAAAAUGUAUCCCUGCAUUAUCAUCUUAGUAACAAUCCUAAUGAGAAUAGUAGUAAAGAUUUAAUAAAAUAUAAAAAUGAUUUAACUUUAUUUUUUAAUAAAAAUGGAAAUUGUAGACAGUUCUUAUAUUCAAAAUUAUCACAUUUUAUCUAUACAUACAUUAUUGUCAAAGGAUAUGAAAACUGCAUAGGGAAAAAAAUUAUAACAAUCGUAGAUGAUACUUUAAAAUUACAAAAUAAUGCUAAUGAAAAACUUUUUGGAAAAGAUAUAAAAACUUCAUUAAUUAAAUAUACCUAUUCUUAUUUAUAUAGCAUCAUAUGGAAACAAUUAAUUAAAUAUUAUGAAAAAAUAGAAUCUAAAAUUCAAGAAAAAAUGAAUUAUCUUAGAAAAGACUUAAAUUGUUUUUUAAAAAAAUUAGGUCUAGAAAAUGUUAGCUUAUUCCACGUGGAAACACUCUCCUUUCAUAUUAAACAGAUUGAAAAAUGUAACAACCCAAUUGACAAGAUCAUCAUUUUAGAUAACAUAAGUAAAAUAAUAUGUGAAAUAAUUUCCUGCACAAAUCAGAAUUUAAAAAAACAAAAUUUAGCUAUUUAUGACAUUAAUAGUGACAGUUUAAUUGCUAUCCUUGUCGCUGCCAUAUCGUAUGGUCAAGUACAAAACAUAAUAAGUCAUUCUAUUCAUUUACACAUGUAUAUAGAUAAUUUAAAAGCGUCUGAAAAAAUUGACAAGUUGUCUUUUAUCUUCACAAUAUUUCAUACUUCCAUCAUUUAUCUUUGUGAUAUAAAGGAUGUGUAA